CCCAGUAUAAAACACAGAUCAUAACAGUCACGUCCAGCACCCAGAGGGAGAGGAACGCGGAGUCAGACAGACUGGCGCACUAGUACAUCUCUACUUCUCCCUGUGCCUCAUUCAGGACUUAACAAGGAACGCAAGCACUUAAAUAGGGGCUGUCCCUUGCUUUGCACACUAGUUUGGUCAGGGAAUUCAACCAGAGAAAAAAUUCCUCUUAUCAGAUCUGAAAUGGACUUCAUCCUGGCACCCACUCUCCCAGUUGGUGGCAUCCCAUGGGAGAAGGUUUUACCACCUCUUAUUCCUCGGCUGAACGGGACUUACGGACAAUGCAACUGGUAUCCGAAAUUACUAGUUCCAGAGACUGAUAAUACCAGCUCUGCAGAGGUAACCUGUGAUGACAGCGGAUUUACAGUCCAAGUUGAUGUUAAGCACUUUAACCCAGAGGACCUACUGGUCAAAGUGACAGGAGAUUUUGUGGAGGUGCAGGGAAAGCAUGAAGAAAAAAAGGACGGUCCUGGGUUGACAACACGGCAGUUUAACCGGCGCUACCGAAUCCCAAAGGGAGUAGAUACCAUGGCUUUGGAAUCUGCAGUUUCUCCAGAAGGCAUCCUUAUCAUAUCUGCACCCAUGCUGCAAACUGAGAACUCAGGAUCCCUGACCUAAUCACAUUAACACCCAAUUCAUCAUGUAUGAAAACAAAUGCAAAACACCAUUAAGAGCACAUAGACACAGACAGAAAUAAUUUCAGGAUCAUCCAGUCACAGCAACACUCACCAUGUGCCAAUACACACAUUUGAUAUGUUCCUGGCACUGUUCUAAUAUUCCCUGCUCUUUGAGGUUUGUAUAUACUGCUCUGCUAUUACUCAUGACUGUUACAUAAUGUUUCAAGGAACCAGUCUCUGUAAAUAUUCUGUGUUCACAGUUCAAACUGCUGCUUCAUUUUGUGCAACUUUUGUAAAAUGCACUGUAUUGUGAUUGUGAUUAAUUAUGCACACAAACGUAACUCCGAAGUUUUUAAUGUGGAAAUAUAUCUUCAAAAAAGUAAAAAUAAACUAUGUCUUUAUAAAGUAAAAAAUC